AAAAAAAAUUUGAUCUUUUUGUGUGCCCUUUGGGAGAAUUGAGGAAGGGAACAUAAAGGAGUUUGUGGGGGGUUUAUCUAGAAAUAUUCAUGAAAAACAUAUUUUACUUCUUUGAUGUUCUAACAAGGGCAAAUGGGUGUGAGAGGAGUAGUUCAUUUCUUAGUGUUCUUGUUUAUGUCUUUUUUCACUUUGGUAGCAGCACCUGGAAGCAAGAAGGACUUAGAUGAUCAUUUACUUGCCAAUCUCAUCAAGGCUAUUAUAUACAAAGGAGACUAAUAGGGACAAGGUUGAGCUACUGUGGUUGAACUGUAGGGUAGAGUUAAUGCGUGCUAAUGAAGCUGUUGAAGAUCUCAAGUAUUAUGUCGCAGAAGAUUCAAGUGGGGGAGAAAAAAAUAAGCAUGUCGAUGACUUGCAUCCGCUAGUUAAGCAAGCCCUUCUAGGUUGUUUGAGGGAAAAAAAUCUCUUGUUUCUUAUAUGUGGAGAGGAGAAGGGCUCACCAAAUUGGUAUGCCAGGUGUGUGGAGUUUCUAUUUUCCUUGCAUGGAGCUCCUAAACGGCGCAAAUUGAAAGAAACCCCUAAUCCACCACCUGCCCCUCCUAAUUCAAAGCCAUCUAAAUCAAAAGAUGACAAAAACUCAAAAAAGAAAUCUGCAGCUAAAGCCAGUAAGAAAAAAGACGCGGUUGGGGUUCCUAUUAUUGCAGCUGCUGCCAUAUCUGUUCUCGUAGUACUUCUGUGCAUAUGCUGUUGUUGUAAGUGCUGUAGGAGAUCCAAAAAGGGGUUGAAUGAUGAGAGGCCUCUUCUUAGCUUAAGCUCGAGCGACUAUUCUUCAUCGCAUAAGUCAUCUGCUUUAGGAGCUUCAUUCAGUAAUGGUGGUAACCGUUCAUUCAAUAACAAUCCCAAUGAUGAUUCUAAAAUUGAGAUUCGAAGGACAGGACCUGCUGGAAUGCCUCCCCUGAAACCUCCCCCUGGUAGGGUGCUUUCUUCUGAAGCUACUGCUAAGCCAACCCCACCCCCACCUCCGCCUCCUGCAAAGCCAACAACUCCUGCACCUGCUGCACCACCUCCACCACCAGUAAAGCCUUCAUCUGCUGGUCCACGUCCCUGCACCUGGACCUCCUCCCCUCCACCUAUGAAACCUGGUCCUCGACCGCCACCUCCCACCGGUGGUCCUCCUCGGCCACCUUCCAUAGGCUUGAAGCCACCUCGACGUUCGCCUCUUGGACCAAAUGCAUCCACAAGUGCUUCAACUGAUGAGGAGGAAGAUACCGAUGCCAAAACCAAGCUUAAGCCUUUCUUCUGGGAUAAGGUUCAAGCCAACACUGACCAAUCAAUGGUUUGGCAUCAAGUCAAGGCAGGAUCUUUCCAGUUUGAUGAAGAGCAGAUAGAGACUCUAUUUGGAUAUGCUUCUGCUGAGAAAAAGAAGAAUGGGUCAAAGAAAGGACUCCGCCAAGAUGCUUCCAACCUAUAUAUUCAAAUCAUUGACCAGAAGAAGGCACAGAAUUUGUCUAUUCUUCUUAAAGCCUUAAACGUGACAACUGAAGAAGUUUGUGAUGCACUGAAAGAAGGAAAUGAGCUUCCUGCUGAACUCAUUCAAACUUUGCUUAAGAUGGCACCAACUGCGGAGGAAGAACUGAAACUGAGGAUCUACGCUGGGGAUCUGUCUCGGCUUGGGCAGGCAGAGCGGUUCCUGAAAGCCUUGGUUGAGGUUCCAUUUGCAUUCAAGAGGCUAGAGACAUUGCUUUUCAUGUGCACUCUUCAGGAUGAGGCAUCCCUGAUUAAAGAAUCAUUUGCCACCUUGGAGGCUGCUUGCACAGAACUCCGGAAUAGCAGGCUGUUUCUCAAGCUCCUUGAGGCUGUUUUGAAAACUGGCAAUCGAAUGAAUGAUGGAACGUUUCGUGGUGGUGCACAAGCAUUUAAACUUGACACGCUUCUGAAAUUAUCAGAUGUAAAAGGAAUAGACGGGAAAACUACGUUGUUGCAUUUUGUUGUUCAGGAGAUAAUCCGUUCAGAAGGUAUACGAGCUGCCCGUGCCAGGGAUCAACGGAGCUUGUCUAGCAUCAAGUCUGAUGAUCUGCUCGAGGAUUUGCCUCAGGAUUCAGAAGAUCAGUAUCGAAAUACUGGUUUACAAGUUGUCUCCGGUUUGAGUAGUGAUCUUGAACAUGUAAAAAGAGCUGCAAUUCUGGAUGCAGAUAACUUAACAGGCACAGUGGCCAAACUUGGCCAUGCACUUAUAAAAGCGCGCGAUUUCCUAAAUUCAGAGAUGAAGAAUAUAGAUGAGGAAGAUGGAUUUCACCAGACAUUGAAGAACUUUGUGCAGAAUGCUGAGGGUGAAGUCAUGUCGUUACUUGAGGAAGAAAAGCGAAUUAUGGCUCUUGUUAAGAGCACGGGUGAUUAUUUCCACGGAAAUGCUAAGAAGGAUGAAGGUCUGCGAUUAUUUGUGAUUGUUAGGGAUUUUCUGGUUAUUUUGGAUAAGGUAUGCAGAGAGGUGAAAAAUGGUCCGAGAAAGUUAAAUAGCACACCAAGGAAAGAAAAUGUAGCCCUUACAACUUCAGAAUCUACCCUUUCACCGCGACCUGAUCAAUCCAUCCAUUCACCACGGCUUGAUCAAUCCACCUCUUCACCACGAACUGAUCAAUCCACCCCUUCACCGCGACCUGAUCAAUCCAUCCCUUCACCGCGACAGCGACCGGAUCAAUCCUUCCCUUCAGCACGACCUGAUCAGCGUCAGAAGCUUUUUCCGGCUAUCGCAGACAGGCGAAUUAAUGAUUCUAGUUCAGACGAUGACACUCCUUAAAUACAAUUUUCUCAAAAGGGAUCUGGGUACAACAAAACCAACUAUGCUUCAAUCCCAAGCAAGUUGGGAUCGGCUAUAUGAAUCCUUAUUGGCCAUGUCGCUCCAUUUAAGCCUGUCUGAGUUUGAUAACUGCUUAGGUAUCUUAGUGAACGAAGAUAAUGGGAUAAAAUAUUCUUCAUUUUUAGAAUCCCAGGCAUGGUAGAUAGACCCGGAGGAGAUUGACUCGUUGCUUGGUAGGCUAACUUGAGCGGAGCAGAGACCUGACAAAAGCUACGGUUUCAGAGAUGAUCUGCUACAUGGCGCUACAUCAAUGUGUCCUUUCUUGCAGCUCGCUUGUUGUCCUUUCUUGCAGCUCACUUGUACUUAAAAAAGUAGCUAGGAUCAUUCUUUUUGUUCUUUGUAAUUAUUUUUUGUCAAUUUUGCUGAUAAUUCUUUGUUCGAAUGAAAGUAGCCCUGUGCAUUAUUUUUUGGUUGUGUUUACACGAAAGAAAAUGUAGAUAGCUUGUUGUUCCGCCACCGAAAAUUAUUUGAUUAGUCUUUUAAAAAGUUCACCUGAUUGUUCUUUCCAAUUUUCUUGUCUUUUGCACUGGGCUUGGGUAUUUAAGAGAGUUCUUGUACACUUCCUCAGUUUCUUGUAAGCUCAAAUUAAGUUCUAUGAUAUUCAGCACAAUA